GAAAUUGGCUCGCGCUCUGGGAGUAUACCUGUACAGCCCAACCGAGUGACAAGUGUCCGUCUGGAGGAUCGUCGGUACAGUGUGUGCAAAGGGGUCAUCAUCAUCGUCGUCGUCAGCGUCAUCCCCCUACCACGGGGCUUUUCCACUGCCACCUGCGCCCUUCGUCGAACCGGCGACGGGUGUCCCCCUACACGUUCGCAGAGUCAGCCAUUAAGGUCGUUUAGUGGCCGCACGGGACGAUUCGCAGCGACGACGUGGUGUUUUUCUUGUUGUUGUCGAUGUUGAUGUUGUUUAGUACGCGCAUAAUUAUAAUAUACACAGUGACCGGUUUUCGUACGUAUCGUUCGUUUUGGGAAUAAAGUUGUUGUUGUUGUUGUUGUUGUUAAACGCACAUAUAAUAUUACACGUAUAAUAUACAUAUAUAAUUGUGAGUGUGGUGGAUAAAAGGGAACGGUGGAUGUUUGCCGCAGCAUAUAGAUAAAAGGGGAGAGAAGAGAAAAAUUAGUGACGUGUUCUUGUUGUUGUUGGUUUUGAUUGUUUUGGUGAUCGAAGGAUAACGAGAACAGCAGCGGUGGAGAGAAGCGGUGCAAGGGGAGAGCGAGCGACGCCGCUCUGCCCGCGACGUCCUCGCCGGACACGACGCCCUUCACAUUUCGAAUCGAGCAGUGGUGCAUCAUCCGUCGUCAGCGUGGUUAGGAUGCGCCAAGGGGCGGCGGGGGCGGUGUCCAGCCUCGGCUGGGCGCUGCUGGUCCCGCUGCUGCUGCUGUCGCGCUUCGGCCCGACCUAUAGCUCCUCCUCAUCCCCCGCGUCCCCGUCGUCGAGCGCCGUGGUCGGCCAGUUCCACGAUCCCGAGGUCGAGAAGCUCAACCACCUCGCCGUCGACAAGAUAACGGGCCGCGUCUACGUUGGCGCCGUCAAUCGGCUCUACCAGUUCUCCCCGGAUCUCAGUCUCACGGCCAAGGAGAUCACCGGGCCGCGCAAGGACUCGUCCGAGUGCUCGAUGGGCGGCUGUCCGUCCGGCACCGUGCAGACCCUCUCGGCCAACGUCAACAAGGCACUCGUCAUCGACUACACCACCGGGAGGCUCAUAUCCUGCGGCAGCCUCUUCCAGGGCAUGUGCUACGUCCGGGACCUGCACAACAUAUCCCAGGGAGUGACCGAGGUGAGGGAGUCGGUGGUGGCGAACAACGCGACAGCCUCGACGGUGGCGUUCAUAGCCCCGGGGCCGCCCAACCCGCCCGUCAGCCAAGUGAUGUACGUCGGGGUCUCGUACACGAGCAACUCGUUCUACCGGUCGGAGGUGCCGGCCGUGAGCUCGCGCUCCCUCGACAAGGACCGCAUGCUCAACAUUGCCGACUCGACCGUUACCACGGGCACCCGCAUGUACGUGAACUCCCUGUCCCGCGAGCGCUACCCGAUCAACUACAUAUACGGCUUCAGCAGCGAGGGCUUCAGUUACUUCCUCACCACCCAGCCGGUCAGCACGAACGUCAACAACUUCAUAUCGAAGCUCGUGCGCGUCUGCCAGGACGACCAGCACUUUUACUCAUACACGGAGAUACCGAUCGAGUGCAACGGGAAAAACGGCAAGAUCUACAAUCUCGUGCAGGCGGCUUACAUGGGCAAGGCCGGCUCGGUCCUCGCGGGCAACCUCGGCAACACGCCCCAGGACGACGUGCUGUUUGCCGUUUUCGCCGAGAGCGACGGACCCAACAGCAACAAACCCUCCAACAAUCAAUCGGCCCUCUGCGUCUACUCGCUCAAGAACAUCAGGCGCAAGUUUAUGAGCAACAUACAGCACUGCUUCAGCGGCAACGGGGUGCGAGGCCUCGACUUCAUCUCCCCGGGACACGACUGCGUCCAAACGAAGCUGCAAACGAUCGGCGAGGACUUUUGCGGUUUGGACGUGAACACGCCGCUGGGCGGCGAGGACCCAAUGACCGCGACCCCCGUGCUCACGUUCGACGACACCCUGCUGACAGCGGUGGCUGCGACCUCCACGAGCGACUACACCGUCGUCUUCCUGGGAACGAGCAAGGGACACCUCAAAAAGUUGGUCGUCGAGUCGGCGACUCAGGCCCAAGAGUACGGGGACAUGGUGAUCGACGACAAUUCCCCGGUGAAUCCCGAUUUGCUCUUCGACACCCAGCACCAGAUGCACCUCUACGUGAUGACGGAGCGCAAGAUAUCGAAAGUGAAGGUCCAGGAGUGCCUGGUGUACAAGACCUGCUGGGAGUGCCUGAACGCAAAGGACCCGUACUGCGGCUGGUGCUCCCUCGAGAACAAGUGCAGUUUGCGCAGCGAUUGCCAGGACGCGGCCAAGGACCCCCUCUACUGGAUAUCGUACAAGAGCGGCCGUUGCACGACCAUCACGAGCGUCACGCCCGACAAGCUCCAGAAGACGACGGCCCGUACCUUGGAGCUCGCCAUCGAGAACCUGCCGAGUCUGCCGGGCCAGUUUCUCUGCGCCUUCUCGGCCCUCGACAAGGUUCUCAUAACCAACGCCACCCGGAAAUCGUACGGCGUGAAUUGCACGACCCCGAGGACGGAUCUGUUGCCGCCCAUACCGCCCGGCCAGCACCACUUUACGGCCAAAUUGUCGGUGCGCAUGACCAACGGCCCAGACCUCGUGGCCACGGACUUUACCUUCUUCGACUGUAGCACCCACAGCUCGUGCACCCAGUGCGUGUCCUCGAAUUUCCCGUGCGACUGGUGCGUCGACGGUCACAGGUGUACCCACGACACGGCCGAGAACUGCCGCAACCACAUACUCGUCACCGGCGUCAGCCGCAUGGGCCCGAGCUACAGGAGCGGGCCCGCCUUUUGUCCGACGAUCAACGCCACCGAUUCCAAGGAGAUCCUCGUCUCGUCGGGCAUCAACAAGAGAAUAAGCGUCAAGGUCCACAUAAUCGGGCAAUUCAUCGUGCAGACUCGCUUCGUGUGCCAGUUCAACAUCGAGGGCCGGGUCACGAGCGUUAACGCGAACCUGCUCGCCGACACCAUAUACUGCGACGGCACCGAGUUCUCGUAUACGUCGCGGGCGCCCAACAUCACCGUGCCCUUCGCCGUCAUCUGGGGCGGCUCCAAGCCCCUCGACAAUCCCGACAACAUACACAUCGUCAUUUACCGGUGUCGCGACAUGGCCGACAAUUGCGGCAUGUGCCUGGCCCUGGCCGAGAAGUACGGCUGCGGCUGGUGCAUGACGUCGGAGAGCUGCGAGGUCAAGGACCAGUGCGACAAGGGUAGCGGCACGUGGCUCGACCGCAACCAGACCUGCCCGAAUCCCGAGAUCUUGAGGUUCGAGCCGAUGAUGGGACCCUGGGAGGGCCACACCAACAUCACCAUAACCGGCAUCAAUCUCGGCAAGACCUUCAACGACAUCUACCAGGGCGUGACCGUCGUCGGGUUGCCCUGCCAGCCGUACGAGGAGCUCUACAUACGCACCAAACAGAUAGUCUGCCGGGUGGACGGACCAGGUGACAAUAAGAUACGCGAGGGUCCGGUGAUCGUCAAGAUCCAAGACUUCCGAGGCCAAUCGAAGAGAACCUACAAGUUCGUGGAUCCCAGUAUAACGAGCAUCUCGCCAAAGAGCGGUCCGAUGAGCGGUGGCACUCGGUUGCGCAUCAAGGGCAACUACAUGAACGCCGGCAGCCGGAUCCAGGCUUUCAUCGACAAGCUGCCCUGCGACAUCAACAACACCGAGCACGACGAGGUCCUCUGCAUAACGAGCGCGAGCGACAGACCCCGCACGGGUUCCCUCCAGAUGCACUUUGACGAGUCCAUACGCCAGUACAACGGCUUCUACGAGUACGUCCAGGACCCGGAGAUUGUGAGCGUGGAGAGCGGCGUCGGUGGACAGCUCAAGAUACCCAAGGGCAUACCCUCGGGUGGCAUCAAGAUCAACGUCACCGGCAGGAACCUCGGCUACAUCGAGAAGCCCGAGAUGUACGUCUACUACGAGGGCAAGCAGUUCAUAUCGCAGGCUUGCACCAUCCACAGCCACACCAACAUGAUCUGCAGAUCACCGGAGAUCGACGUGCCGCAGGGUGUGCUCGACGCCGAGAAGCCUCUGCAGCUCGAGUACGGCUUUAGAAUGGACAACGUCGCCCAGGUGCAGAAUCUCACGAAGCAGGGCCUGCAGGCGUUCCUGCUCUAUCCCGAUCCUGUCUACAACGUCUUCGACGAGGACCUGCUCGUUAAGUACUACAAGAGCGACUACCUGACCAUUAACGGCCAGCACUUGGACAGAGCCUGCCAAGAGUCCGACGUCGUAGUAAAAAUCGGUGACAGUUAUUGCAACGUCACCUCGCUCUCUCGGCAGCAGCUGACCUGUCGACCACCGUCCACUCAGCCGCCUGCCCUCGACUCCAAUGGCAAUCCCAAGCCCGAUUUGCCGGAGGUCAUCGUCAUCGUAGGUGGCAAUCUCAAGUACAGAAUCGGCCAGCUCAGUUACGCUCUUCCGGCUGGCCCCAACAGUCCGCUCUCCAAGCCGGCCCUCAUCGGCAUCAUCACGGCCAUUAUCAUCCUCGUGAUCGUCUUCAUUGCCUUCCUCAUAGCUUAUCGGCGCAAGUCCACCGAGAGCAACCGCGUGCUCAAAAACAUGCAGGAACAGAUGGACAUACUGGAGCUGCGCGUAGCUGCCGAGUGCAAGGAAGCCUUUGCCGAGCUUCAGACCGAAAUGACGGACUUGACUGGUGACCUCACCAGUGGUGGCAUUCCAUUCUUGGAUUACAGGACCUACGCCAUGAACAUUCUCUUCCCGUCGGACGACAAUCACGUCGUACUGCAGUGGGACAGACCCGAGCUUAUGCGCAAAGAAAAGGGCUUGAGACUGUUUGGCCAGCUUAUCAUGAACAAGACUUUCUUAUUGCUAUUUGUAAGGACAUUGGAGAGCAAUAGGUACUUUUCGAUGAGGGACAGGGUCAACGUCGCGAGUCUCAUUAUGGUGACGUUGCAAAGCAAGAUGGAGUAUUGUACGGAUAUUCUAAAGACCUUGCUUGCCGAUCUGAUUGAGAAGUGCAUGGAGGGCAAGAGCCAUCCCAAAUUACUGCUGCGAAGAACUGAGAGCGUUGCCGAGAAAAUGCUGACCGCGUGGUUCACUUUCCUGCUGUACAAGUUUAUGCGCGAAUGCGCCGGUGAACCUUUGUACCUACUCUUCCGUGCCAUGAAGCAACAAGUUGACAAGGGACCAGUCGAUGCCAUUACUUCGGAGGCUAGAUACUCGUUAUCAGAGGAAAAACUAAUCAGACAGUCGAUCGAAUUCAAGGGAAUGACUGUCUACGUGUCCAUUUCCCAACAAACCGUCUUUGUUGGAGGUCUUGAUCCAAAUACCGAAAACGUUCCAGUUAAAGUGCUAGACUGUGAUACGAUUUCUCAAGUCAAAGAAAAAGCACUUGACACCAUCUACCGAUCUACACCUUACAGUCAGAGACCGCGAAAGGAUGACCUAGAUCUCGAAUGGAGAACCGGUGCCUCUGGAAGGCUCAUCCUGUACGAUGAAGACUCAACCACAAAGACCGAGGGCGAGUGGAAGAAGCGCAACACACUGAACCACUACCGCGUACCCGAGGGCGCGUCUCUCAAUUUGGUCUCUAAACAGUCCUCUAUCUACAACCUUUCGAUUCUGUCCGAAAAGACCGACAAAUCUCACAAAUACGAGACCCUGAACCUCAGCAAGUUCAGUUCAGCUAGCCCACCACUGUCUCGCGCCACCUCGCCGCUGAAUCACGAUCACGACGGUGGUCUCAAAGUCUGGCACUUGGUCAAGCACCACGACAACGACACGCAGAAGGAGGGCGAGCGUGGCAACAAAAUGGUCUCCGAGAUCUACCUCACGAGGCUGUUGGCCACCAAGGGUACCUUGCAAAAGUUCGUCGACGAUCUCUUCGAGACCAUAUUCAGUACGGCGCAUCGCGGAUCGGCUCUGCCGCUAGCCAUCAAGUACAUGUUCGACUUUCUCGAUGAUCAAGCGCUCCACCAUCAGAUCACCGAUCCCGAGGUCGUGCACACCUGGAAGAGCAACCUGCUGCCUCUCAGGUUCUGGGUGAACCUCAUCAAGAAUCCAAAUUUCAUCUUUGACAUUCACAAGUCGAACAUCGUCGACGCGUGCUUCUCCGUCGUCGCCCAGACCUUCAUGGACAGCUGCUCUACGUCAGAUCAUAGAUUAGGCAAAGAUUCGCCAAGUUCCAAAUUACUAUACGCCAAGGACAUUCCAGUGUACAAAGAAUGGGUAGAACGUUACUAUUCGGAUAUAAAACUAAUGCAACCCAUAUCCGAUCAAGAUAUGAACGCCAUGCUCGCAGAAGAAUCAAGAGUAAGUCAACGAGUUCUUUUUGUGUGA